AUGGCCGACGAUCACCAUCAUCAAAAAUCACCGUCAAACCCUCAAAACCCUAAAGUUUCUACUGAAAUCGGACGUAGUAGCAGUCAUAUUAAACCAAAUUACCCGAACCCGCCCGAUAUAACAAACCCGGACGCAGCAGCGCUAAGGGAACAAUGGAAGUACGCCAUCAGACAGUACAGCAAAUGGUACUCUCACGCUUGGGGCACCGCUAUACUCGCCGGAGUUUCUUUCUUCGCCCUCGGUUGGGUAAUUAAAGGAGGUAAUCCACUUCCUUCAUUCCAUCAAAACGACGACGCCUCCCGAGAUCCCCCCAAUUCUCCGACCGAUUCUCCUGAUGUCAACCGAACUCACUGA